AUGACUCCCCAGGUUCGUUUGGCCCAUCGGCCUCCAAAUGCAACACCGUUGCCAUAUACUGCAUCCCCACUCAAGCUCCUAUGGGACGACCUUCGCCUAGCCGUGCGAUAUGCCUGGGCUCUGCCUCUUUUGCUCUUCCCCCUCCGAUUGGGCAAAACCGAUCGAUUGGAUGAGCUGCAUCCAUCGCCUCGGAACGCAAUAUCGGUCGGAACUCAGGUGUUUCUUACUAUCUUUCAGGUGUUCUUUCUCCUUUCCAUUCCAUUCACCGUGAUAUGCAUGGUGCCUGCUCUAUGGAUUCUCGUAUACAUCACCGUCACACUGACCUCGAACUAUGUCAUCUGCAUGAUCUUGUUGAAUGGUUUCCGCAGGGUCUUUGUGUCACAGGUCCCGAUUUCUGAGCAACCUGUCCAUACCCGCGAGCGUUGGUUCUUCAUAAAUGGCAUAGCUGGCAGCCACUCCUGGAUGCAAAACAAUUUAGACCAACUUUCCUAUACUUUUGGUCGAAGAAUUACGGGAAUUCACAAUCGCACAUCCGGCAUCAUCUUUGAUCUGAUCGAAUGUUUGAUUCAGCGCUGCUUUACUUAUGCCACCGCGGAUGUACGAGACGCAUAUCCACUCAUCAAAAAGGCGUUAUUAGAUCCCGACUGCGACAAAGUGGUCUUGAUACUUCACAGCCAGGGAGGAAUCGAGGGUGGCUUGGUGAUUGAUUGGCUUUUCGAUGAACUUCCCCAGCCCAUACUUGAAUGUCUAGAGGUCUACACCUUCGCAAAUGCGGCGAAUCACUUUAACAAUCCUCGUCGUAUAUUCCAUGCCAAGCAGAAUGGGAGCGAAUUUACCGCCUUUCCUUCGCGAUUCGAUUAUUCUGUGGGGCACAUAGAGCACUAUGCCAACUCAGCUGAUAUGGUCUCACUGAUCGGUGUUCUGCAUUUUAUCACCAUCCCCAACCGAUAUAUAGGCCGCCUGUUCAUCCGUGCGGGCUCAGGUCAUCUCCUAGAUCAACACUAUUUGGAUACCAUGUUUACCCUGGGACUUGACCACAAAGUGCUGGAAAACAACUCAUUCAUGGAUAUGGAAGUUGAGAGAAUAUCCAAUUGCACACCCCAUGAGAAUUGCGAGGAAACCCUGCGCCCUAUUUCCUCCACGGAACCCCAACAAGAAAAUCAUUCCCCGGUAUUGCGCGUCAAAGACUACAGUCGGCUUUGGCAAUAUCGGAAUGGAGGCAUUCCAUCGGAAAAAACAGACUGA